CCGUUCAUAGGACCCCCUACGGGAGAGCUAUGGCGAUCUGCCGCUCAACCGGUCGCAGUCGCGGCACUAUCUCCCGCUUCCGCACCCCGAAGGACGUACAGAGGACGGUAACAAUAACGGUACCCCGAAUGGCACUGAGGAGCACUCCGAGCAGUUACCCCUGACCCCUCUCGGAGAGAUUGAGAACAUGGCGCCGGGUACACGGGUUGCCUUCCGUGCGCGUGUGCACCACAUCCGACCACUCGGUUCCAAGAUCGUCUUCCUCCUCUUCCGCUACCGGCAGACCACCGUCCAGGGCGUGCUCACCGAGACGCCGGACGUUGUGUCGGCCAGCAUGGUCCGCUGGGCCGAGGGCCUCAGUCGCGAGACGAUUGUCCGCGUCGAGGGCAUCGUUCAGGAGCCGCCGAAGGAGGAGGGCCAGGAGGAGGUCAAGAGCGCGAGCGUGCACACGCGCGAGGUCCGCGUCCAGAAGCUGCACGUGGUCAGCAAACCGUCGACGCCGCUGCCGUUCCAGGUCGACGACAUCUCGCGCCCGCACGACGUGCAGGAGCGCAGCCAGCACAGAGUCGGUGACCGGACGCGCUUCGCGAACCGCGUGCUCGAUCUCCGCUCGCCCGCGUCGCAGGCCAUAUUCCGCAUCCGCGCAGCCGUGUGCGAGCUCUGGCGCGAGGCGCUACUCGGGCGCGGAUUCGUCGAGAUCCAGUCGAGCAAGUUUCAGGGCAGCGGAACCGAGUCCGGCGCAGCCGUGUUCAAGGUGGACUAUUUCCGCCGACCGGCGUUUCUUGCGCAGAGCCCGCAGCUUGCAAAGCAGAUGUGCAUCGCGGCCGACAUGGAGCGCGUGUUCGAGAUCGGUCCCGUGUUCCGCGCGGAGAACUCGAACACGCACCGGCACUUGACGGAGUUCACAGGCUUGGACCUCGAGAUGUCGUUCGAGAACCAUUACCACGAGGUCCUGGACGUCAUUGACGACACGUUGAAGCAUAUCUUUAAGGGUUUGCAGCAGCGGUUUAGGAACGAGAUCGAGACCGUCAAGUCCGCUUUCCCACAUGAUAACUUCGUUAUCUUGGACGAAACGCCUCGCAUUCGCUUCAGCGACGGCAUCAAGAUGCUCAAGGACGCUGGCUUCCGCGAGGACGAUGGUUCUGAACUCACGGACGAAGAUGACCUCUCGACAGCUGCGGAACGCAGACUUGGCGCGCUCGUCAAGGAAAAGUACGGCUGCGACUAUUACAUCCUCGACAAGUUCCCGGUCGACGUGCGUCCGUUCUACACGAUGCCGGACCCGGAGAACCCCAAGUUUUCGAACUCGUUCGACAUCUUUGUGCGUGGCGAGGAGAUCCUCUCGGGCGGACAGCGCAUACACGACGCGGUGAUGCUCGAGGAGCGCAUGCACAAGGCAGAGGUCGACCCAGAGACGAUGAUGGAGUACGUCAACGGCUUCCGGUGGGGCUGCCCGCCACACGGCGGAGGCGGUGUCGGCCUCGAGCGCAUCGUCAUGCUCUUCCUGAAGCUCGGCGACAUCCGGUGGGCGAGCCUGUUCCCGCGUGACCCGCGCAGCUUUGGCACGCGCGGCCAGGACCCCGAGGAGGCGAGCAUGGCAGCAGCUGCGAAGCUCAUCCUGCACGGUCCCGAGAGCAAGACGCUCCAGCCUGGUCAGAAGCGAGGCGAGCUGCCUCCGCUAGAAAACCUCAUUGCGCGAUACGGCGACGCGACGAACACGUCCUGGGUCGACCCGGCGUGGACAGUGUGGCGUGACGACGCGACGGGUGCGGCGAUUGGCUACAUCCAGCAGGGACACUUUGCGGUCAUCUUCGGAAAGCCGCUGUGCGAGCCGAACCAGAUCCCGCGUGUCGUGAAGGCGUUCCUCGCGUUCCUGCGCUCGCCGCAGAUGGACCUGAAGCCGAUCUGGUGCUGCGUCGACAAGAGCACGGAGCGCUACCUCGCAGAGGAGCUCGGGUGGAGCGCGAUCGUCGCCGUCGCUGAGGAGCGUGUGAACCCGAUGGCAAAAACCCCCGAGGCUGACGACAAGACGGUGCGGCGCAAGAUCCACCGUGCGGAGCGCGAGGGCGUGAAGAUCCACGAUGUGAGCGGCGAGCCCGACGAGGAGCUCCGCAAGCAGAUCGAGGAGCGCUGUCGGGACUGGGAGGCCCACCGCAAGGGGACGCAGAUUCACCUCACAGGCGUGCGGCCGUUCGAUGACGUCAAGCACCGCAAGUACUUCUAUGCAACUGACAAGGACGGCAAGAUUUGCGCGCUCGUCGUCCUGGCGCAGCUCGCGCCGGUCCACGGCUUCCAGAUCAAGUGGGCGCUCGAGUAUCCGGGUGCGCCGCUUGGCGCGAUCGAGCACAUCGUCGCGUACGUGAUCCGCAAGUUGGGCGACGCGGGCGUACGGACCGCGACGUUUGGUGCGGGUGCCGCGAACCGGCUGCAGGGUGUGGACAACGUGGGCGGGUUCCGGAUGAAGACCCUCGAGAAGGCGUACAACGGCAUCAGCUCGACGUUCCACCUCUCCAACAAGGGCGACUUCCGCGGCAAGUUUGGUACCGAGCAGGACCCGCUGUACAUUUGCUAUCCCAAGGGCAGCCUUGGUGUGCGAGGCAUAGAGGCUAUCAUGUCUGUUCUGCAGAAGCCGAAGUAGAGCUCCCGACGCUCGGAUUAUAUACAAGAUACGUUACACCUCCCAGACGGACAGAUCGCACUGCCGACGGACUCGACCCCUCCUACAAUACAUCCCUCUACAAUACAUCCCCGUAUAUUUCCCUCCACUCAUCUCUUCCUUCUCAAGUCACUUACGCCAACCAUACACUACCUUAACGAGCUCCUCAUGUAGUACGCACUGGGAUAGAUACCCGAACUCCCUGGGCAUAUCUCUCGUCCUCCACACAGCUUAUCUUUAUACUCGCACUUGGGCAGAUUCGGUUCUCGCUCGCAUUUACUGUCUCCCGUCCCCUCCUUUCAUAUCAUGACACGAUAAUGUAGCAUUCCCUGUUUUUUUCUCUCUCUUUUUGCUAGGAUCUCGUGUGUGUAGUUUUAUCCUGUUUUUUGUGUUUGCUCUCUGGGUGUACCGGCUCUUCGGUAGGGUUAGAAUGCUUAUGUCAUGUGUUUUAAGAUUAGACGAGUUGG